GUACGGCAGGCGAGUUUACCAUGAUCAUCUUCUGCAGGGUGUUCUUCAAUCAUGAUGCCAUGCUGCUUUAUCGCCACGUGACACGUCCCGGCGCCACCAUAAGGGCAGCGCGCCAGAUCUUCACGCAGGAAGACGCUGAUCUCAUUAUUUGGGUUGUUCCACAGCGGCCGUCUUGUAUAUCAUAAUGACCUCGAAAGUCUCUCAGUCCUUCGAGUAUACCGCCGUGAAGAUCAAUCGCGUAUAACAUUAGGCUCUAUCUUGCCCUCAUACCUGAUGCGGUAACAUGCAACGACCAAGCAUUCCACGAAUGCGACUCGACGCGACAUGGCGUCUCGAAACAAAGAAAACAGUCCGCUCAUAGCCAACCCGCGCCAUGAUUCCCUUGCGCCGUCGCUCAAGAACCUCCCGAGUGAAGACUUCUUCACUGACAGUAUCAUUGAUGACUCGCGUAUUCCCACGCCCAGCCCACAGAAGCCCAGGCCAGUGAGACCUCGACGCGCCGUCGGCAUCAGCAAAGCACUCGGGGCGAGUAAAGAUCUUGGGAAUAAAACGCACCGCUCGUCCCUCUCCGAAUACACCAACUCUCGGACGAGCAAGCUAUUGCAACCUGCGCCAACUCUGAUAAAUAAGAAAAGCCUCAGCCCGCGUCGCAGCAACGGGCAGACAACUCCACCACAUUCCGGGCAUGGUCCUUCUCUCACGACUCCUACCGAAGAGUUCUCGAGCCCCCCGCAUGGUCUGACAGACGUAUACCAAAGGAUAGCGGAUGAGGAAGAUCUUGCUGCUACGGAAAGAGAGGUGGACAGCGACGAAGAGUUGGAAAACGAAGAAGGUGACGCUCUGGGCACAGAGGUGAAUGCCAAUCCCACGCCUGUUGAUCAACAGUCGCCCGGGGCGGAAGACCUCACAACUUCAUCAACACCAGUUCAGCCCACGACUGAUGCCGAUAAUGAAUCUCUGAUCGGCGAUCACUUCGAAAGCAUUUCAGAACCACCAACUCUGGAUUUUGUACGUAACGAGAUGAGUGAUCGCGUGCUUGCUGCGAAACUUACGCCGCAUGUGGUCGAUCGUUUCAAGGACCGGCAAAGACUCGCAAGACUACGGCAGAGCCAGAGAGUUAUCGACUUCCAGGCCAGUCCCAGAUCAGAGCCAAAUGGUCUCGAUGGCGAGUAUAGACGAAAUGGAAUUUCAGACAUUGUAAACCGUGGCCCGAUCACGUUCCAGAACAUCAAUGUCAAUGCAGCGAAAGCAAAUGGAUUGUCCAAGGCUCUUUCGGAUACCAGUGCCGAUGCUACACCGCAGAAGAAGCUCAAAGCAUUCAGCCGCGCAACAAAAAAUGCCGCGAAGGAGGACAUACCGGAAGACGAUGAUGGCAGCGACACACCACCUGAGUUGCGCGCGAGAGAGAAAUUGGUAGCAUUCAGCAAAGCAGGCCGGCAGAAGGCUCAAUCCCCUGCUGAAUCAGAACCGUAUGCCCCAGACCCGAAGGCAAUGGCCUUUUCUCGCACAAACGACCACCUGCAGGGUGAUGACGCUUCGUCGGGCUCACAGCUUCGUCAGCAAACGGAAGGCGAGCUUACAGAAAGCGCUACUUCCGCGGCAUCGGAACCUCUUCUGGGCGCCACGCCACAAAGCAGCGACAGACAGCAAGCAACACGGUCCUUUCUCGCGAGGUGGCGUCAAGAAGCGGCGAAAAAGCGCGCCGAAAAGAAGCAAGAAACCGUUGACGCGAACAGCUCCCAGGUCGACUGGGCAGCGGCUGCAGCAGAUGUACCUAUGCCGUCUGUGGAGACGAGCUCAACGCCUCAGGAUACGCCUCCGCGGGAGGCUUUGGCAUCAUCUGUCCAAAAGCAAAGAUCUAUCGACAGGAUACGCCGAUGGGAGAAUGACUUUACGGGUCUUUCAUUCCAAGUCUCAGAAAGUCCCCCAGUCCGAAGUCGGCCCAACCUGAACGACUCAAUAAGGGAGAGAGAAAUAGAAAACCUGGCAAAGCAAGCCGUGACGGCCAACAGGCUGGACAAGAUCCGUGAGAAGGAUCCCAAUGCCUUAGUUCGUAAGACGUCUAGGUCAUUUAGCCCGGAGGAGCAGCGCAGACACGCCAAACAAGAUGCGGUCCCCAACCAUUCAGAGGACGACAAUUCUCACGACCAUGGGCAAGGACAAGCGAUUCCCGACACACCAGUGGUUGUGUACAUAUCUUCUAGCACCACAAGCGAAAAAUCAAAGUCUGGCGACAGACCAAACCCUGAAUCCCACAAAUCACUAGAUCAUCUCCAAAGGCUUGCUCGUGCUGCAAGCACGACUCCAAAAGCAAGUCCUCCAUCCCAGGAGCCAAGGGGAGAGAUCGAGGAGUAUUCAGUGCAGGGUGACAUCCUUGCGGCGUAUGAGGCAGAUGAUGAUGACGUUCCAUUGUCUCCGCCCACGGGUGCUGACAAGGGACUGUCAGCUGCACCAAACAAAAUCAUGGAAACGCCCAAGGUGACAGGUGCUUGGACUGAUACCAUACUGCCCGAUACGGUCAAGACGGUAAAGGCCGCACGAAAGGGUCCGAAGCACCUACAAACUCCACACGUCAAUGCCGGUGCAUGGAUCGAUACACCUGCUCCCAACUCAGGUGUGAUGGUCUCUAAUUCUAUCCCAAUGACUAUCGAAGAAGUCACCGAAGAGUUGACGAACGAUAUCAUUCCAGCAGAUGACCAGUCCCACGAAAGAGAACAACCUAGGCCUGCUAGUCAGCCACAGGUCGUACUAGAACCGGGUGAGGAAGAAGAACUUGAUUCACCCAUAGACGCUCGUCUUGUCCAACCACCCAGUGCGCUUACCAAUGUCCUAAAUCAGGCGAAGCAAAAACGGUUGAUAUUGAGGGACAUCACCGAUGUCCGAGACGAUACACUCAAUCUAGGUGAUGCCACUAUUCAGUCCUUCGAGGAUCUUCUCACAGAUGCCGCAGAUAUCACUGCUGAUUUGACUAGUCUGAUCAAGACUGGUGCGGAGGAUGCAGCUCUGCAACAGAGGCAGUUUCCACUGGGAGGCGAAGGAGAUACCACCAGUGCUGAGGUUGCGUUUAUUGGACACCUCGCCUCACGAAUGGAGAGACUCAUGAUGAAUCUUCAUGAAGCACGGAAAGGGAUCUCACGGCUGGAACAGAAGGUCUCCCUCACACCAGAAUCGAACGAGGUCGCUCCAGCGCAAGCACCCACGAAUGGUCCACUCCAACUUUGCACUGUUUGUGGCACAAGUGGCCAUCAACAUCUACUUCAAGGCAAAGCCGACACCAACUCUUGGCUGCCUAUGACGUACUCAACUUUCACCCUGCCAAUUCCUUUACUGUUCUACCCGCGACGCAAAGAUCAAGGUCAAGUGCUACCACGGCCGACAUGGUUAGGCUGGCUUACCAUGACUGUCUGGGUGUGGUACUUUUUAGAGUGCACAAUGUGCGAAAUCUAUGGCCAUCCACUGUACGCCGAGCGAUAUGUCUGGCCUGCACAGCCUGAGCCAGAAUUUCCAUUUGUCUUGCCUACGAUGCUAUUGCGGUGGAGUCAUAUGGAUACACUGGCGCCGGGAUUGUUCGGGACUUUGAGCAGGCUUGUUAUUGCAAUCUACAGAGUCAUCGGAAUGAGCUUGGGACUCACUGACGGGUACGUUGACGGUGCAGGUUCAGGCGUUGGUUCGCAGGCGGCAUCGGCACAGGCUACAAAAGCGCUCGAGGCGGCUAAGGAUGUGAUCUUUGGAGUUGGCGAGCGCAUGAUGAAUGAUGAGAUUAUAUGACGGAACGCUUGAUCAGCACAAAUGGAGUUUGGUAUGAGUUAGUGUACGGGCGAGCUGUUUCACAAAACCAAAUGGCAGGCUCUAUCAAUACUUUGAGCAGUUGGUUGGAAUUGUUUCGGGCUGAUUUCAGCAUAGGAGUGUGGAAAGGGGUUAUCAUGGUGCUAGGAUUGGCAAAUGAGCAGAGGUGCAUCCUCCGAAUGGAGACAUCACGGUCACUCUGUAUUCAAUAGCAGGACCAACAGGCCAGCAUCCGAACGAAUCACACUUGACUUGAUAUUCCCUGCAGAUAAAGAUUGACAGGUAUAUCUACUGUCCCAAACGUCGAGAUGAGAUGGCCUACAGAACAGCUUCGGUUUUGAUCAUGAGCCUAGCUUCAGUCGUGUGCCUGUGGCUUGAGAUGAGUCGAACAGGGUUUAGGGCAAGGCUUUAUAUCCAUAAUCAGACCACUACAGAUAUGCAUAUGUAGCAUUCUGCUGUC